UGCAGGUGUCUGUUAGGCAAGCAGAGGGUGGGAGUUCCCAUCCCUCCUGAGAGAAGGUCCUAGUAGCCCUGCCCCAAGCUUCCUAAUUCAGGACUUAUUUCCUACAGAAGAGAAACAAGGCAAGGUACAGGCCUGGUCCCCAGCUCUGGCUCUCUGCCUCUCCACGUGCUCAUGGCCUCUCCCAGGCUAACACUAAGCAGUGUCAUGAGUCUGAGCCAGGUGGGAGAUGAAUUCCUGGGGGCGCUUCAGGGCUGAGAAGGGGGAGGGAUGACAGGUCCAGUAACCGUUACCAACAGAGCAGUGCAGCUGCCAUCCUUGACAGCUCCCUCCUCCUCCGAGACCAUGACAUAGAUGGUCAGGAACCCAGGCUGAGAAAGACAGCCAAGGGGUGGGGGGAGCCUAGGCAAAUCUGGCCUCUGCCAAGUCCUGGCUUCAGCCAGGCAAGCAAGCUCCAGCCUCCCUGGCUCCUCCUCCUCCCCAGCCCUAUCCCCACCCUGUCACACAUACACUUAAUACGCCUGGCAUCCAAGUCCACCCACUCCAGACUUUGGCCUUAGCAGUAGCUAGUGUGGGAGGCUGGGAAGACUGGGAGGAGUCUCUUAAACAAAAGCAAAAGAAUCAGCUUUGGGUGCUGUAGUACCUGCCAGCUUUCCCCUCAGGAGGUAAGUAGAUACUGGGAGCUGGGGGAACUAUGAGAAGACUAGCUAGAUAUUACAUGUAUUGCCAACUCAAAACUUUCAGCUUUUAACAUGCUUCCUCACACAUUGUCCCCUUUGAUCCUCCACAACUCUGAGGUGGAGCUGGUGGGUCUUAGCCCCACUUCGUAGGUGAGAAAAUAGGUUGAGAGAGACAGUGAGAUGCUCAGCAUCACACAGCAAAUCUGAGGCCACCAGGACUAAAUGCAGGGUUCUUGGCCCUAUACAUCAUUCCAAACACAAGGCCCAGGUUGCAUAUAGAAGGUUCAGUGUCCCUGGUUUAGUAGGAGAGAAAGUGUGAGGCAAGCAAGAAGAUGCCUCUGCUCCAUACAACGGGUCUGUACACAGGACCUGGCUCAUGUGGCUUUAGUUAAAUUAGCCACAAAUACAGGGUCUGCCCACAUCUUUGCUUUGCACAGAUGAGCCAUAGUUGGCCAAUUAUCUACCAACCAGAUAAUUUCUCAAUAUGCUCACACCAGAUGCUUCCAGCUAGGGAAGGUAUUAGGGGAAACGGCUUGAGGGCUGCAGUAAACUGGACAAGUUUUUCUGCCCAGCCUAGGCUGCCACCUGUAGGUCACUUGGGCUCCAGCUAUGUGGCUGCCUCUGCUGCUGGGUGCCAUACUCUGGGCAGUGCUGUGGUUGCUCAGGGACCGGCAGAGCCUGCCCGCCAGCGAUGCCUUUGUCUUCAUCACCGGCUGUGACUCAGGCUUUGGGCGCCUUCUGGCACUGCAGCUGGACCAGAGAGGCUUCCGAGUCCUGGCCAGCUGCCUGACCCCCUCUGGGGCCGAGGACCUGCAGCGGGUGGCCUCCUCCCGCCUCCACACUACCCUGCUGGAUAUCACUGAUCCCCAGAGCGUCCAGCAGGCAGCCAAGUGGGUGGAGACGCAUGUUAAGGAAGCAGGGCUUUUUGGUCUGGUGAAUAAUGCUGGUGUGGCUGGUAUCAUCGGACCCACACCAUGGCUGACCCGGGAUGAUUUCCAGCGGGUGCUGAAUGUGAACACAAUGGGUCCCAUCGGGGUCACCCUUGCCCUGCUGCCUCUGCUGCAGCAAGCCCGGGGCCGGGUGAUCAACAUCACCAGCGUCCUGGGUCGCCUGGCAGCCAAUGGUGGGGGCUACUGUGUCUCCAAAUUUGGCCUGGAGGCCUUCUCUGACAGUCUGAGGCGGGAUGUGGCUCAUUUUGGGAUACGAGUCUCCAUCGUGGAGCCUGGCUUCUUCCGAACCCCUGUGACCAACCUGGAGAGUCUGGAGAAAACCCUGCAGGCCUGCUGGGCACGGCUACCUCCUGCCACACAGGCCCACUAUGGGGGGGCCUUCCUCACCAAGUACCUGAAAAUGCAACAGCGCAUCAUGAACCUGAUCUGUGACCCGGACCUAACCAAGGUGAGCCAAUGCCUGGAGCAUGCCCUGACUGCUCGACACCCCCGAACCCGCUACAGCCCGGGCUGGGAUGCCAAGCUGCUCUGGCUGCCUGCCUCCUACCUGCCAGCCAGCCUGGUGGAUGCUGUGCUCACCUGGAUCCUUCCCAAGCCUGCCCAAGCGGUCUACUGAAUCCAGCCUUCCAGCAAGAGAUUGUUUUUCAAGGGCAAGGACUUUAUUUCUGCCCCCACCCUGGUACUGCCUGGUGCCUGCCACAAAAUAAGCACUAACAAAAGUGUAUUGUUUAAAAAAUAAAAGAAGGUGGGCAGAAAUGAAUGUGCCCAGUGGAAGGCUGACCCCA